UGUGUCGGGGGACCUGCUUGUUGCGGUGGGUCAGUCUGUGCAAGUAAGAAGGGAUGUCGCUGGCGGGUGGUGAUGUCGCCGCCGCCGCCGCCGCCAAGCAAGGAGGCUCCGGUGGGGGCAAUGCACUCUUCGUAGCUUUCCGCGCUCUGGGGCUCUGCUCCAAUCACCUGGCUCACGUGCUGCGUUAUCACCGCCGGCAUCGAGAGUUCUACCUGGUCACCGCGGUGGGGAGGAGCUUCCAUACUUACAACGUGAAGAGACUUGGCAUAGUUGCUGUUAGCAAUGCUUUGCCACAGGAUAUUACAUAUUUGGCAGCUGACAGAAUGUUGGUAUUUGCAUCUUGUGGCAGUCUUCUCUAUGCUUUUGCUCGGAACAAAGAGAUGGUUCAUACUUACAAAGGACAUGACACAGACAUUCAUCUUGUGCUACCAUUUGGGGAACAUGUCAUCUCUGUUGAUCGUGAUAACAUUCUUAUUAUUUGGGAUGUACAAUCAGAAGAGGAAUACUUGCAGCUGAAUUUUGACAAGGCUGUUUUUGCAGUUUCUGCUAUUAUGCACCCAAGUACUUAUUUAAAUAAAAUUCUCCUUGGUAGUGAGCAAGGACCUCUGCAAUUAUGGAAUAUAAAAUCCAACAAGCUCUUGUAUACAUUUCCAGGGUGGGAUGCAGGAGUGACAGUCCUUGAACAGGCUCCAGCAGUGGAUGUUGUCGCAAUAGGUCUUGUGUCUGGUCAUAUCAUAGUGCACAAUAUCAAGUUUGAUGAAAUACUGAUAAAAUUUCAACAAGACUGGGGUCCCAUAACAGCAAUAUCAUUCCGCACAGAUGGGCAUGCAGUUAUGGCUGCUGGAAGUCCUAUUGGCCAUAUUGGGUUGUGGGAUCUAGACCAGAAGAAACUUCUGGGCCAGAUGAGAAAUGCACAUGCCACAGCGAUCGCUGGUCUGUCAUUUGUUCAAGGAGAACCACUGCUUAUUACUAAUGGUUCUGAUAAUGCUAUAAGGGAGUGGGUAUUUGAUGGCCCUGGUGGAAGUAGUAGAUUGCUAAGAUUCAGAAUGGGACACAGUGCACCUCCAACAAAAAUCAGAUACCAUGGACAAAAUGGGCAACAAAUUCUUAGUGCAAGUCAAGAUAGUACCUUGCAGUCAUUUUCCACUGUGCACGAUAGAUUCAAUAAAAGUUUGGGACGUGGUUCCCUAAAUAAAAAGAAAUCAAAGAAGAAGGGCCUUCGGGAUGUUACAAUGGCACUUCCUCCUAUUACAACAUUUGCAACAGAGGUUGCUCGCCAAAGUGACUGGGAUGGGAUCAUCGCUUGCCAUCAGGGUUAUUUAACCUGCACCACCUGGAAUUAUCAGAAAGGUUCAAUGGGAGCCCAUAAACUGAAACCAGAAAACUUCAGCAAAAAUAAACCUCUUGGUGUAUAUGCAACUGCAGUAGAUAUCACUUCCUGUGGAAACUUUGCUGUAAUUGGACUUACAUCAGGACACGUAGAUGUAUACAAUAUGCAGUCUGGCAUUCACAGAGGACGUUAUGGCAGGGAUAAAGCCCAUGAAGGUAGUAUAAGAGGAGUAGCAGUUGAUGGAUUGAGCCAGUUUACUAUCACAGCAGGCAGUGAAGGGUUUAUCAAGUUCUGGAAAUUCAAGACUAUGGAACUUGUUUAUUCUGUUAACUUCUCUACUUCUCCAAGUAAAACGGUUCUGCAUAGAGACAGUGGCCUUCUGGGAAUUGCACUGGAUGACUUUGGCAUUAGUAUUCUGGAUGUAGAAACAAGAAAAAUUGUCAGAAACUUUUCAGGGCAUCAGGGCCAGAUAAAUGAUAUGACUUUCAGUCCUGAUGGUCGCUGGCUAAUAACUGCAUCAAUGGAUUGCACCAUUAGGACAUGGGAUCUCCCAUCUGGAUGCCUGGUAGAUUGUUUCCUGUUAGAUUCAGCAGCAGUAAGCAUUACUAUGUCUCCUACUGGAGAUUUUCUAGCUUCUUCCCAUGUGGAUGACCUUGGAAUUUACCUGUGGUCUAACCGCUCCUUGUAUUCGCUUGUCUCUUUGCGUCCACUUCCAACUGAUUAUGAGCCUUCAGUAGUAAUGCUGCCUGGAACCAGUCCAGCUGAAGAUGCAGAUGUCACAGAAGAGGAAGAAACAAGUGAUGAGAUGAUAGAAUAUGAUUCUCCAGAGCAGCUGGGAGACACACUAGUGACCCUUUCUACAUUGUCAGAAUCUAGAUGGAAGAACCUACUUAAUCUUGAUGUUAUUAAGAAAAAGAAUAAACCGAAAGAACCACCGAAAGUGCCAAAAUCUGCACCAUUCUUCAUUCCCACUGUUCCUGGUCUCAUACCGCGAUAUGCUUCUGUUGAACAUGAAAAUGACAGAGAGCAGUCAAAACUAGUGAAACUUGGAGUGUUGGCACAAAAAUCGGAAUUCCAUGUGCAGCUUGAAGAAGCCUUGAGCAAGAGCAACUAUGAGUCCCCACUCGGUAUUCUGAAGGACAUGGGACCAGCUAAUAUUGAGAUAGAACUGAGAGGCUUGUCUCCUGAUGAUGGUGGUUCCGUAAAGGUGAUGCAGAGCUUUCUAAGAAUGAUCGGAGCAAUGCUGGACACAAGGUGUGACUUUGAGCUGGCUCAGGCAUAUCUGGCUUUGUUUCUAAAGUUGCACCUUAAAAUCCUUUCCUCAGAGCCAGCAUUGCUGGCAGAAUUAUCCAGACUGUCACCCCAGCUUGAGCAACUGUGGAUCCAUUUACAGACUCUUUUCAACCAAAGCCUUUGCAUUUUAAAUUACUUGAAGACUGCCUUGUUAUAAAGUGCCUUUUGUUCUUAAGAAUCAAGAUGUUAUAU